UUACGAUUAAGCAAGAAGCCUUUGUUCGAAUAUUAAUCUAUUCUUAUUGCUAUUUCUUUUGUUCUUAAUCUCCUUAGUGUUGAUUCUUAGUUGUUCGAUUCCCUCACAAUCAUUAUUCAUAGUUUAGCUUAAUUUGGCUAAAACAUGACCACUCCCUUAGAGGUUAAAAAUGCGAGUCGUGCAAACCAUGUGGUUUCUAGCAUCCAAAUUGAGUUGGAAAGGGAGGGGGAGAUCGGUGCAGACCAUGUGGUUUCUAGCAUCCAAAUUGAGCAUCCCAUAGAGCAGAUACUGUACAAAACAGGGUUAGCGAAGUUGAGCCUCAGUUUAUGCAUUGUAAGUUAAAGUGUAUGAUAUCCCAGAUUCCUUGCUUUGUUACACUGGUGUAUGCUCUUUAUACGGUGGUGGAUAGAAGGAAGCUUUGGGAUCAACUAACUCUCAUUGGUCAGGGUAUUAACCUACUGUGGAUCAUUAUGGGGGACUAUAACUGUGUAUGCAGCCCGGGAGAGAGAUUAGGAAGUGAAGAACCUAUGGCAUACCUUAUGAAUGACUUCGUGGCGUGCAGGAACUUGCUGAAUUUGGAAGAUGCUUCAGCAAGUGGGGAUUUGUUUACUUGGCGUAGGAAUAACAAAUGGGCCAAGCUUGAUAGAGUAUUGGUCAAUAAUGCUUGGAAAGAACAAAAUCUACUAUGCCAUGCUGAGUUUCUAGGGUUUGAUUACUCCUCUGACCACUGCCCCAUUAUGGUAAACCUAAUACAAAAUGAAACGGGAGGCUGUAAACCGUUUAGGUUUUAUAAUAUGUGGAUGGAAACUUCAUUUUUCAAAGAUAUCUUGAAGCAGGUGUGGGAUAGACCUGAAUAUGGCUACUGGCAACAUGUACUUUGUACAAAACUUAAAAGGUUAAAAGGGCCCCUAAAGGAAAUGAACAAGAAUGAGUUUGCUCAUAUUUCGACUAAAGCUAGAAUAGCUAAGGAGGAGUUUAUGAAUGCUUAGAAAAUGCUGGUUGGUGACCCUACAAAUUCCCAACUAAGUGAAGUUGCUGAUUUGGCUAGGAAUGCGGCUGAAUUUUUCUCUGAAGCUGAAAAGUGUUUCUACCAGCAAAAUACUUUCAUGCUUUAUCAAAGAAGAAAGCGGCUAAGAACUCAAUAUCCUUCAUCACCAAAGCCAAUGGUAUGACUACUAAUUCUUCAAAAGAAGUUGCUGUGGAAUUUGUGAAUUUCUUUCAGGAUCUGCUGGGUACUUCCAGUGAUUGUAUGCCUCCAAAUGUCGAAGUUAUCAAAGGAGGAAAACUUAUCAAAGCUGAGCAAGCUAAUCUUCUUGUCUCCCCAGUACUAAACCAGGAUAUAAAGGAGGCACUAUUCAGUAUUGGAGAUGAUAAGGCCCCAGGACCAGAUGGUUUCUCUGCUGGAUUUUUUAAACAUAACUAGUUUGUAGUUAAGCCAGAUGUGACCAGAGUUGUUAAUGAAUUUUUUAACUCUGGAAAGAUCCUUAAACAACUUAAUCACACAGUUGUGGCCCUCAUACCUAAAACAACUACAAAUGCUACUGUUGGGGAUGACAGACCGAUCUCUUGUACCAAUGUCAUCUAUAAAGUGAUAUCCAAGGUUAUUGCUUGGAGAAUAAACAAGUUGUUACCUGAUCUGAUUGAUCUCUCCCAAACUGCAUUUGUUGAGGGGAGAGAAAUCUCUGAAAAUAUUCUCCUCGCUAAGGAGUUGGUACGGGGUUAUUCUAGGAAAAGGGUAUCUCCUAGGUGUCUCAUUAAAGCUGACUUGAGGAAGGCUUAUGACACAGUGAACUGGGAAUAUUUCUCUGUACUAUUAUGAAUGCUUUUGGAUUCCCAGAACCAUUUCUUGGAUGGGUGAUGGAAUGUGUCAGAUCAACUUCUUUUUCAGUGUCUAUCAAUGAGAGUUUACACAGCCACUUCAAAGGAAAACGCGGAUUGAGGCAAGGCGAUCUCAUAUCUCCAGGCUUGUUCAUUCUCUGUAUGGAAUACUUGUCUCGCUUGAUUAACCAUGAGACUGCAAGGGGGGGGGGGGGGGGGGGGGGGGGGUCAGUAUCAUCUUAAAUGCAAUCAGAUAAAGAUAUCUCACCUUAUAUUCGCUGAUGAUCUGAUGUUAUAUGCCAAGGUUGACUAUGGGUCGGUGAGUGUGCUUAUGAAAUGCUUGGACUCCUUCCGAAAUGCUUCAGGACUUACUGUUAGUGUGGAGAAGUCCAAUGUGUUUUUGGCAGGGGUAAAUGGACAGAUGAAGGAUGACUUACUUGCCCUGACUGGUUUUCAAGAAGGAGAAUUCCCUGUGAGAUACUUGGGCAUUCCUCUAGUCCCCAUGAGAGUCUCGGUGGCCCAGUACUCUCCACUUAUUCAAAAAAUUGAUGGUUAUGUGGCAAAGUGGAAAGUUAAAUCUAUGUCAUAUGCAGGGAGGGUUGAACUGAUCAGGGCAGUGGUACAGGAUGUUCAGUCCUAUUGGUUGCAGGUUUUCCCCAUUCAUGUAGCCAUCCUUGAUAGGAUUAUCUCUACUUGUAUACAAUUCAUUUGGGAUGGUAAAAGCGCUAAAGUUGCGUGGUGUGAUAUCUGUAAACCUAAAGAAGAAGGUGGGUUGGGACUAAGGGAAUCAAAAGUCUGGAAUCUAGCUUUGAUUGGCAAGACCUUCUGCAACAUUCAUUCAAAAAAAGAUUCAUUGUGGAUUAAAUGGUUUCAUGGUAUAUAAUCUAUAUAUCUGAAAAAUUGUUCUAUAUGGGAAUGGAGUCCCAAGUGUCGGGAUUCCCCUUUGUUGAAGAAGUUGGACAGAAGAAAAGGCGUUCUUUUACAAUAUCUUGGCAGCCCGGAGGCUAUUAUUGCAAAGUUUGGAGUCAACUGCAGAAAUGGAAAGUUGGUCUCGUCCACCCUUUAUGACGCUCUCCUGUCCAAAGCAGUUAGUAGACCUUGGAUGAAUUUUAUUUGGAAGAGUUACAUUCCUCCUAGGUUUUCUUUUAUCUUGUGGCUCUGCUUUAGAAAUAGGUUAUCUGCGGCAGAUAAUCUGUGGUACAUUGAUGUUGAAAGAAGAUGUUAUUUUUGUAAAGAUCACAUUGAAACUGUGGAACACUUGUUUUUCUUAUGUCCGGUGAUUGCAUCUAUUUGGAAAAGCAUUUGUAUGUGGCUGGGUAUUAGAAGAACUUUAUCUACUCUACACAGUGCAGUUAAAUGGAUUAAAUAAGAGUGUUUAGAGGUGCUCGGCUCACUAGCAAGGCUGUUAGACUCAUUUUCAUGCACAGUUUAUUCCAUUUGGAAAGCAAGGAAUACAGCCCUAUUUGCAGAAGGGGUUAUCUCUAUUGAAGGCUUGAUUAUGCAUAUUAGUUAAAGUGAUUAUCUAUAAAGUGUUAUAUAGAAUCUAGAGGUUUUUACGAGAAUAUUACUAAAAUAAAACUUAUUUACAUAAAUAUGACUAUUCAUUACUACAACGUAGUGCUGUAGUAACUAAAGUUCAAAACUUGAACAUGAAUUACUAUGAUUUCAUUACUACUCUAGUAAUGAAUCAUAUUUUUGUAAAUCAUCUUUAUUUUGGUCACAUUUAUGUAAUUAUUUCUAGAAUCUACCCCUCAACCAUGAUUGACAUUUAAUUUUCCUGUGUUUUAGUCGUUACCAAUUUUGUGAAUUUUCCUUUGUUGAGGCCUAUGUUUGGCUUUUCUGCAAUUUCAAAUUUUCAAUCUUAGGCAGCCAUGGUUCGCACCUUAUAGAUCUAUUUCUAUCCGAAUGUUGUGGGAAAAUCAUAG